CAGUUCCCCCGUUCUUCCCCCACUCAGACAAAUUUUCUCCGGCGUUCCGCUCAACUGUUCACUUCAUGUUCUUUCUCUCCACUCAAGCGCUCUCUAUCUGGCGGGCACGAUCCAUUUGUUCUUUUGGAUCUUUCCUUGUGUAACGGGCAUGUCGCACUACUGCUGAGGCUAUAUUGAUCUCACCUAUAAGUGAACAAUAUGCGGUGGAUUAGUUUGUCCAUUGAUGUGUUUCGUCAAGUUAUCUCCUUGAAUUUGUGUUGUAGGGUUAUUCUGUAAAUGAUCCCAGUUGUCUUUAUUAAACCAUAAUUACCUCUUGAUUCUUUUGAUCUCGUUUAACAAGAUUUCAAUGGGGUCCAAUCACUUCUCUUUCAUUGCUUGUUAUAUCUAUAUGAUCAGCUGAGAAUUAUUUAUGGUCUUAAGCAGUUUUAAGUUCAUUCCUCUGACACCUCGUCUCUUGCCAGUACAUCUUGUAGUUCCUUCAGAUUUGUCUUGUGUAGAUUUUGAAACUGAUUCAAGGUGCAAAAGAAGUUAUGGUGUGCCAAGCAGCAAGCCAGACAAGAUUCCGGGCUUUAAAACAUGAAAAUGGCAUAGCAGGGACACCAACCAUUGUAGUUAGGGUGAUAGCAUGCUUUCAACCUUUGCAAAAUUGUCAGGCUGAGUACUUCCGUCACUUGCUUAAACCAGUUACGUAGAUUGAUAUUACUUUUUCAAUAGUACGUGAGGCUGGAGUUUGAAUAUUUUGAUUCAUUAUUUUGGUUUCUAAAAGUGUGGACGUUGAAGAUUCAUUACAAUCAGUUUUCUGAUUAUUGAAUUAGCUGGAUGUUUACAGCCUACGAUUUUCAGCAUUCUCAGCACCAUUAUCUGUGGAAUUCUCCUCGCUCAAAUGACAGUACUGCUGUUCCAGAUACAGGGACUUCAGCUUUUGGGCUUCUUCAUUUUAAAACGGGCCAACUUGAUGGAGUUCGGGGACCUUUCCAAUGGUUGCCUCCUCAAAAGGAGAGCUCGUCUCCCACAGCAGCUCCACAUUUUGAAGAAUCUCAACGUGCUUUUGGUCAUGGACAUGGUGUCGAACCUACAUUCAAGGAUGUAUCUGCAUCCGCUCAUAACAAGUUUCUCAUUUUUGAUCAAUCUGGGGAUCAAGUUAGAUUGAUCUCGAGAUCUUUUCGCUCACCUUACCAAGAUCAGAUUAUCAUGCCCAUGACACCAGUUGAUUUUCACAAUUUGCAAGGUGAAGCAGGACAAUCACGGAUAAUGAAGCCGCCUCCGCAUACUGAGCACCAUGUAAAGAGUGAAGGAGGUGACAUGCGCGAGGACACAGAGGAAAUCAAUGCGUUGCUCUACUCUGAUAGCUUCCCUGGGAAUGAUGAUGAUGUUGAUGGUGAAGAUGAUGACCUGACUAGCACCGGGCAUUCACCUUUUACAAUCAUAGGUGGCAUCGAGAUGCAUGAGAAGGUUUGGGAACUUACUGAGGAAGUUGGUAGCACUGAUGGUUCAACUAAAAGGCAUAAAUUGCUUGAUGGUGGUUACAAGAAAUCAUCGUUAGUGGACACUGCAGAUCCAUUGAAAUUGGCUAAAUUUUGCAAUGAUGAUAACCAUGUGGAGACAAAUUGUGCCAAAGGUGGGGACCCCAAUGAGGAGAUGGACUCCAAUAUCAACACAACGCAAAAGCGGGCCAAAAUUUGCAAGACGUUGAGAAUUCUUGAAAGUAUAGUUCCUGGAGCAGAGAAUAAAGAUCCAAUCUUGAUCAUUGAUGAUGCAAUAAAUUACUUGAUAUCAUUGAGGGAGAAAGCUGAAGCUUUGGGGCUUGGCCUCCCUGAAGUGCAGUGCUCCCGUCAACAGUAGUACAUUUCGGGUGCUUUUUUACUGAGGCAGUACGAUCAAGGGAUAAGUUGAUCUCGUCUUUUUUGACUGAAAGUGAUGGAUAGGUGGUUUUUGCUGUGUGAAGCUUUUGUGAUCUUGUUAACUCUAUAGUGCAGUUUGCUUUAAAAGCCAAUAGAGGAAAAGCUUAAUGAGGUGUGAAAAUUUUCAUCUUUGCUUACAGGAGGUGAAGAAAACUGGGGCUAUAAUUGCCGGGUAGAAAUGAUUGUUCAUAUGCUUUCGGGAUUGAAAAUAGCCAGAAUUUUGAACGCAUGGUCUAGGCAGAGAGGUGGGCUGUGCUGUAAAUGAGGACCUCUUUUGCCAACAUGUUGAAAACACAAUGGAUUAAGUGCACGCGCAUUUGCUAAUUUGGGUCCCACCUUCCACUCUUCACCUCCAUCUUUGUUUUCUUGAUUCUAAGCUUUGUUAUUUUUUUUUACCUUAUGUGGCUUUCAAAGAAGCAGCUAAGAUGUUGGGCUGAAGCAGCAAUGAAGAGAGCUGAGAGUAGAAAGGGGGGCCCGGAAGAUUCAUCAUGAAUAUUUGAUGCUCAUCCAUGACCAAAUCUUGUCUUAAAAGGCUAGUGCUAGUAUGUUUCUUUAGUGAGCUGUGCAGAGGAUUUGUGCUUUGCUGCAAAGAAGAGUCUCCUGUAGGCCGUCUUCAUGAGCACGUGGGCAUCAAUCUUUAAUGCAGGAUUUUAUUUGUACGUUUCGUUGAGUACAACAAUUGUUUUGGGUGGAUAUUGAAAUGUAAUCUAUCCUGGUUAUGUACUGCCUAUCUGUUUGGAUUAUGACUUUUGGCCGCUGCCUGUUGUUUGUUAUUAUUAUUUUUCCCCUUUGACAGCAGUGCUUUUCGGUCUUGCUAUGCUAUAAUUCAAUUUAA